CAACCCCUCGGCACGUCACUAAAGCCCGAGAGGGAGAUAAAAGAGACUGAGGCUGCCCACUUCCAGCAGACGUUUCAUCAGGGAGUCCGAGAAUCGGAAGCAACGAGGGGGAAAAGAGCAAGAGGCGAAGACAUUCCCCAUGGACGCUGAAGGCAUGCCCACCGACUUAUCCGAGGCUCUGAAGCUGGCCACAAAGGAGUCACACGAACUUGCUGAAAACUCCGAAUUUAUGAGAAACUUCCAGAAGGGUCAGGUCACACGGGAUCAGUUUACUCUGCUACUAGACUCUCUGUACUUCAUCUACUCUGCCCUGGAGGAGGAGAGUGAGCGAAACAAGGACCACCCAGCCUUCGCCCCCGUCUACUUUCCCUCCGAACUGGAUCGGAAGGAAGCCUUGGAGAAGGACCUGGAAUACUUCCAUGGGCCGGAGUGGAGGAGCCGCAUUCAGUGUCCGAAGGCCACCGAGAAAUACGUGAGCCGGAUCCGGCACGUGGGGCGCGAGGAGCCGGAGCUGCUGGUCGCCCACGCCUACAUCCGCUACCUGGGGGACCUGUCCGGGGGGCAGGUGCUGAAGAAGGUGGCCCAGAAAGCUUUGCAGCUGCCGAUCACCGGCGAAGGGAGCGCCUUCUUCACCUUCGACCGCGUCACCAACGCCAACAAGUUCAAGCAGCUCUACCGCUCGCGCAUGAACACGCUGGAAGCUGUUGGAGAGACUCGGCAAAGGAUCCUGGAAGAGGCAAAUAGGACCUUUCAGCUGAACAUGGAGGUUUUCAAUGAGCUGCUGCGGCUGGGAGCUCAGAACCAGAAGGACAGCAACCACCUGAAUGGCAGCAUGCCCAGUGACCUGUCAGAAGCUCUGAAGCUGGCCACAAAGGAGUCCCAUGAAUUGGCCGAAAAUUCUGAGUUCAUGAGGAACUUCCAGAAGGGACAGGUCACCAAAGAUCAAUUUACAAUGCUACUAGACUCUCUGUACUUCAUCUACUCUGCCCUGGAGGAGGAGAGUGAGCGAAACAAGGACCACCCAGCCUUCGCCCCCGUCUACUUUCCCUCCGAACUGGAUCGGAAGGAAGCCUUGGAGAAGGACCUGGAAUACUUCCAUGGGCCGGAGUGGAGGAGCCGCAUUCAGUGUCCGAAGGCCACCGAGAAAUACGUGAGCCGGAUCCGGCACGUGGGGCGCGAGGAGCCGGAGCUGCUGGUCGCCCACGCCUACAUCCGCUACCUGGGGGACCUGUCCGGGGGGCAGGUGCUGAAGAAGGUGGCCCAGAAAGCUUUGCAGCUGCCGAUCACCGGCGAAGGGAGCGCCUUCUUCACCUUCGACCGCGUCACCAACGCCAACAAGUUCAAGCAGCUCUACCGCUCGCGCAUGAACACGCUGGAAGCCGUCGGAGAGACUCGGCAAAGGAUCCUGGAAGAGGCAAAUAGGACCUUUCAGCUGAAUGUGGAGGUUUUCAAUGAACUCCAGAGACUGAGCUCUGGGUCAGAGAGAAAUGGCACUGUGCACGAGAGUGAGAUCCGGAAACGUACCGUUUUUCAGGAACGGGCAGUGCACAAAAGGAACACCCCAGAUCUGCCUUCACAACCACACGAUUUGCUGGCAGACAGUCCCAGCCUGCGAUUCGCUCUCUUUUUUGGCUUGGUGGUAGUAUCACUUGGCUUUGGAUGGUAUCUGCUGUGAGCCUGUUGGACACGAAGCACAGGAUUUCAACCUAAGUGGACCUCUUCUCCUACAUGUCUGUAUCUGCAGCGCUAACUGAAUUGAAUCAAAUGUCAGCUGUGGCUCGGUGGAUUGUAGUCAGAGGGGUGUGGGUUCAAGUCCCACUCCAGUGACUAGAACACCUGAUCAAGGCUGAUUAUCCCAGUGCAGGAUAAUCAGAGGUGCUAUGUUUUGGACAAAAAGUUAAAUUAAGAUCCCACCAGCCUAUCUGAGAAUUCAAGAGCAAAGUAGAACAGAAUUCUAAAUUCUUGUGGUGCCAGCAAUACUUGGCUCUAUGCCAACUCGCAUUGAAAUCGAUAAUCUGGACAUUAUUGCACAACUGUUAGAGGUUCUCAGGGUUUCUAAGUACUUCAGAUGCUCUUGAAAAAGACAUUUUUGUCAAUCUUCUUUGAGGUCCUGUGGUGCUCUGCCCAUGCAGAAAUAGUGCUCCAGACCCAUGCACUGGAAGACUGGGCCAGUGUCCAGUUGCUCAGGUCCUUGCCUGAUCUUGGUCCUGCACUGACUGUAUCGGCACUGGAACAACCUCAGGGAAGAGAAUGCAGGAUCAGGAAGGAGCACGGGAACAGGAAGCAUCCAGAUCCUUGAGUUGGAUCCAUGAUUCAAUUAAAUCAAAGCUGAUCUGCACCAUUCACCAGCUUUACUCAAUAUCUAUUAAUAUUCUUACCAAACAGAAGUCUAUCGGUCUCAGUAUUUAAAGGUAAUAAUUGAUUCCCCCCACUAUCUACAGCUCCUGGAGAAAAUCCAGGUCUGUGUGUCCUGCCUUUCAACAAAGUGCAUCAGACAAUGAGAAACACGAAACGGAGAAUUUGUGUAUUUUCUUAAAAUAAAAUUCUUUUUUUUGUUUUGCUUUCAAAUGUGAACUGUUGUAGUUGUUAAUGGUAAGAGUACAAUUAACAGUUGGAUCCACCUCUGUGUUGCAAUCAGCAACAUACCUUUUAGCUGCCCAGCCCAUAAACUUUGUACUCCCUGCCUUUUAAUUUCCCUACCCCAGAUCUCUCUCCUCAGACCAAAUCUUGGAGUCCUAUUAAUCUGGCAUUAAAUUUUGUCUGAUUGUCCCUUGAGGUAUGUGAAGUUUUUAAAAGUUAUAGACAUUUUUCUAUUUUUUUUGAUGUUCUGUAUAUAAAUAUUUGUACAAAUUAUUUUGCAAUCAUGUUAAUCCAAACUACUGCUUUUGAAUUAAAAUUUGCAUCAAUUA